CGUUAUUAUUAAAUUAUUUAGACGUAUAUUUUACAUUUACCCUGCCUGUGGGUUCGUUCGUUGAUAAAUUAAAUAGAAAUUGGGUUUUGUUUGGUUUUGGUUUUUGAUCAUAUUGAAAGCGCAUAAAUGCACUGUAGAGGCUUGGGCCCGCCUGAGAGCUUAGACCCACAACAGAACCCCACACACCCACCUCGAUUUUACUGCUAGAAAAACCGGGAUCCGGGUUGCUCCCAUCUCGGGACGAAUUUGCAGCGGGAUUCCCGUUUACGGAACACUGUUCAAAGCACCCCUUGGGCAUUACUAUUAAAAGUUUUACUGUUCAUCUUAGCAGUAAAAAUAGGUCAGUCCAAAGUGAGGCCCAGUUAGGCCAAUCUUUUUUUUUGGUCAGAACUCUGCAGCCUGGACACAUUAUAGUCCCGUGAAUGUCUUUUAUUUCUCGUUUAACAAAGAAAAGGCUUGUUUACCCACAUCCCCAUUCGCAACAUAGAAGUCUUGUAUUAUUAUUUCCUUUGGGUUUGUUUCUUUGCUACAUUCUCAUGUGCGUCGCAUCUUUACAUUUGGGCUACUCUGCUUUGCUUUUCCUUUGGGACCGCAUCUUAACUGGGCUUCAAUUGCACUCUACCUUUAUUCCAACGGCUUUUCAGGGUUCCUGUAUUUCUCUCUCUGUUUGUUCCUGUUCUCAGUGCUAGGCGCCACCUGGAUCUUAGUUUUAACAGGUGAAAAUUCAUUGCAUCGGUGUCUGCCAUUGCCGUCCACAAUGCUGGUUCAGGCAGUAGCUGUUGUCAUGCACGUUUGAUUAGGGAAUGACCAACUUGUCAGGUCCCUGAUCCAAAUUAUUUUAUUUUCCUUUUUACGGGUUUAGCUUCGUUCUGUAUGAUUUUUGAAGUUAAGACCGUGCUUGGAGAUAUGGGUGUUACGGAGAUGCAUGUUUAAUGCCUGAUUGAUGUCUUGGUUAGAUGUCUUAUGCCGCUAAUGAUCUGCGUAGGUUCGACAACAUUGGAAACCUUAAGAUCAGUCUAAAUUGAAUUGCAGAAGGUCUGAUGAGGGUUUGACAGGAUAAAGAUAAUGAUCUGUGAUGUGAGGGGUAGGUAGUUAUGCGGCCAGGAGGAGCAUGGUUUGACAGCUGAUCAUGGUAGCGGCAUAUUCCGCUGCGGCUUCUGAGGUUCAGCAGCAACACCAGCAACAUAAAUUGGAGGAGAAUGGGCGAGCCCCAUUAGCCUUGUCCGAGAAAAAUAAUGGAAUUCCUCGCAAGCCCAAGAACAGGGAAGUGACAUCCCGGUAUAAGACCGCCACAACGUCCUACUCUGCGGUUCCCCCAGCUUCUUCCAGAAGAUGCCCAUCUCCCUUACCCACGUUAGGUCGGAAUAUUACAACACCAGAACCUACUUCUUCUUUAAAAAGAGCGCAGUCAGCUGAGAGAAGACGGCCAUCUCCAUUACCGACUUCCGACUCUAGAGCUGCCAAUGGACUCGUUGAGGCAGCCAAGCGCACACAAGGGCGGGGUCCAGAGGGCCUCCUAUGGCCUUCAACUCGAAGUUUAUCAGUAUCCAUGCAGAGGGAUUCGAUCUCUACCAGGGAUCAUACACUAAAGCCUGCUGCAAAUGUUGUUCAGAAAACAGGGGAUUCAGCUACACAUUUACAAAGAAAGGGGACGCCAGAGAGGAAGGGGACUCCUGAGAGGAAGGGGACUCCUGAGAGGAAGAGAACCCCCCGCAGACCCAGCAGGGAAACUGAAAAUGCUAGGCCUGUGGAUAAUUCACAUUCAAAACCAGAUCAGCAGCGCUGGCCAGGGAAAAGCAGUACAAAGGUGAUAAAUACUAUGACUAGAAGUGUGGAUCUUACAGAUAGAACAAGCAGGGCUUCUUCUCUUCUAUUGCAGGGUCAGUCUACAUUGGGUACAACAAGAACUCCCAGGUCUGCUGCUGUAAAUAGGGCUUUUCAGCGGUCCAUUAACGAGGGUCCUGUUGAGAGUGGGGCGUCUACAGCUUCCAGGCGGGUUUCUUUCGAUGGAAGACUCAGGAGUCCAUCAAAAGGAAUUGAUCGCCGUUUCACAGAGACUUCCGAUUCGGGUAAAUCAGAUGAAUCUAAUCACACUGUACGACCAUCUCAAGAAGUAGAACUAUCACCUUCUUCUGUUUGCACUUCUACUACAAUGACACCAUGUGACAUUGCCUCUGAUGACACUGAGAGUGUUUCCUCUGGUGGCAAUUCUGUAGUUCAAGAAGCUGUUGGUUCUAAUCAUAGAAGUGGUUCUGGAGGCAAUGUCAGCACAAGAAGAGGUACUACUGUGCCUGCUCGGUUUUGGCAGGAGACUAAUAAUAGAUUACAUCGAUCUUCUGGGCUGCGCUCGUCGUUGCCAGAUUCCGAUUUAACAUCUGGGUUCCUGAAGUCAGCAGCACGAUUAAAAGUUAUACCAUCAACUGGUUCAGUUAUCAAUGGACCAGAAAGGGCAAUGGCAUCCCCACGGUUUGCAAAUCGACCCCAGGUGUCAUCACCAUUUGCUGGAGCACAGCAUCCCAUCUCUCCAGGUAAGGUGAUGGUUUCAAUGUUAUCUCCAGCAAGAAGCCAACCUAGUCCAACAAGAAUGCGUUUACCGCCAUCACUGCCUUCUACAAAUUCUCUGCACACCCGUUCCCACAAUGCCUCAUCUAUGCUCAGCUUUGGCAUUGACACACGCAAGGGCAAGAAGGGGACGGGACAGUUGGAAGAAGCCCAUAAUUUGCGCAUACUUCACAAUAGACUGUUGCAAUGGAGAUUUGUCAAUGGAAAAUCAGAAGCUGCCAUGAAUGCUCAAAGAGUUACCGCUGAGAAACUACUUUCAAAUGUGUGGUUCACUACUUCAGAGCUGGCAGAUUCUGUAACAAUGAAGAAUAUCCAGGUGCAACAAUUAAGGCUGGAGAACAAGCUUGCUUCCAUUCUUAAAGGACAAAUGUCAUAUCUUGAAGGAUGGGCAAUGCUAGAAAGAGACCAUACAAGUUCUUUGUUAGGAGCUGUUGAGGCUUUGGAAGCAACUACUCUUCGACUUCCUGUUACUGGUGGUGCAAGGGCUGAUACUCAAGCAGUAAAGGAAGCUGUUAGUUCUGCAGUUGAUGUGAUGAAAGCAAUGGGUUCUUCUGUCCGCUUGUUGUUACCAAAGCUGCAGGUAGAGGGUAUGAACCAUCUAGUUUCUGAACUUGCAGAGGUGGCAGCUCAAGAGAAAUCAUUGCUGGAAGAAUGUGCAGAUUUAUUAACUACAGCGGUAUCAAUGGAGGUUGAAGAAUCUAGUUUGAGGGCCCAUUUAGUUCAGCUAAAACAAACGAGAUAUUUAAAAGAACAAGCGUCGGUGUCAUUGCUGUUGAAUGUAGAGGGCAAUAGCCAAUGUAAGGAGAUAUGUUAGGCUGUAUCAGUUUUUUUAAUAUUUGAUCAUGCUGCUUUUGCAUUGAGGUGGAAAAGUUGGAAGAUGGAAGCUGCAUUAAUUAUUUGUUGCAGACAUGACAUCUUGCAUUCUGAAGCCAAAGGUGGUAAAAGAAGUGUAACAUAGUUUGAUGGUUAGCCUGAAUCUGCUGCAUGCUUCUCUCUGUGCAUGAAGAUUCUCGAUGUCUAUAUUAACUUGGUCUAAUGCUCACCUUACAAGGGAUCUUGAUACACUUUGCAGUGCUUUGUAUACAAUUUUUUCUGAAAAUCUCAGUUCCAAAAAUCAGUUGAGACUCACAUAUUACAUGUAAGCGGGGCACUUCGGAAGAUUGCAUGCCUUGUUCCCACGUUUUGACUUGGGCCUACUGUAAACCUCCAGGACUAGUGCUUUUUAGCACUUCUAUCUACAAUUUUUUAGCAGUUAUUGCAUAUGUAUCUUGACAAACCAAAGCCAAAUGAAAUAUUAGCUCCAAUUCAUUGCUGUGCAAUUGUGGGCAUUUUGAAGCAGCUAAAAAAGGCUGUUCAUCAGUGCUCUGCUAUAUUGAUGGGUUACAGGGCAAAUCCAAUUGUAUUUCAUAUAAUGAAUUUGCAUUCUCUCAGAAGUGUUUAAGCAAACCAAGUGAUGGUUAUGUUUACAUGGUAGUAUAAGGACCAUUGAACUGAUAACAUGAGCCAUUAAGGGAUGCAUAAAAUAUAUGUGCAUGGCCCCUUGAAUUUGUAGUCCUCAAAAGAAAUCAGUAUGGUUUGUUUAAAUCA